AUGGAUUGGGGGCCUGACACCUGGCGACCUUACGGGCAAUGGGCAAGCGAAGGACCAUUAAGGAACACUACAUGGCGGCCAGGACCAAGCGGUGUUCAUUCGUCUUAUUUGCAUUCAAGAAGCGGUUUCGAGAUCCAGCGUUCAGCCUACCAUCCACAUCCAUACGCUCGUUUCAGUUACUUGAAUCAGUCUUCUCUUCCAACUCCUCAUGCAGAGUUUUCGCUCCAACGUACUUUGCGGUCAGAGUUUCGAGAAGCUCGAACCACCAUUAAUCGAGGAUUAUUUGCUGAUUUCUCUGAAAACACCGCACCCGAUCCAUUAAUUUUGAAUUGUGAAAUCAGUGCGCAGAAAGUGGAUAUCAGCUGGAAACCACCCACUCAUCAAAAAAAUAUUCGAUAUCUUCUUGAAGUCCAAGAUAAAGAAUCUGGACGGAAGUGGGUGUUUGACCAGUCAUGGGCACAAACCCAAAGGGAGCUUCGAACAACACCAGGGAACACUUACUGCAUUCGACUAGAGUGUGAGGACAUCAUGGAUCACAGUAUUGUUGCUGCCGUCUACAAGGAAAUCAAAGCAGUCUUCAGUUAUGACGAAAUGAAGCGAAUGUACCUCAAAUGUGUGAAGUUUGUAGGGACCCAAAUGCAAACUUUUGAAGUUUUAUAUAGAUGUAAACCGCGUGAAUACUGGGAUGAAAUCCAUAGUUGUCGCGAUGGCCUCAUGGAGAAAUACAUCAAAGACAACAACGGACAACCUGCUAAUCUUAUUAAUGGCAUCAUAUCUGGUCUUUUCUUCUCUGCACGGGUUUACGCUGAUGGAUCCUUACCAACUCACUCACCAUUUGGAAAUGUGCGAAUGUUAGUGCCGCCAGGUGCUUUGCUUGAUCCGACGAUCAAUAACUUCUACUUUGCUGACUUCUAUUGCAAUUACUAUACGCAUUAUGUGACAGUAGUGGUAUGCAGGAAAGGAUCGGAAACUGACAACUAUUGCUAUACACGACUUCAUCAAAUGAACCCCGAAGACAAUCCUUUUUUGACGGUGAUUCCAUCCAGACAUCCACACUAUCCGCCAACAUAUUGUGUAAAUAGUGGUGUCUGGGUAGAGAUUUAUUAUACGGAAGACGUGCCGUUGUGGCUGGGACGUUUUGAUAAUAUUCAAAUUACAGGCGCCGGAACGUCAAAAAUUGGUGGUUUACCCAAUAAUAAGCAUUGUGAACGGUGCAACUUAUACCCGGUGCCAUAUCCAGACGAUGUUGUGGGUACAGAGGAAGGAGCGUCAAAUGAUGAUAAUUUGUCAGUGGCUGAUAUUACGGUGGCAGAAGAUACAUUGAAUUCGACAUUCCUUGUCCUCAUGAAUGAGCGCAAAGGCAAUCUUGCUGAGGAAUGGGAAGAUGUGGUGGAGGUCAUAUGCAGUAUGGUAGAUCAAGCCUGUGAGAUGGACAACCAUCGCGAGGGCUCCACUUCCGCAUCUGAUGCCGCUAUCGAUGCUGCAUUGAUGGUGAUGGACAAAGAACUGGAGAAAUGUCGAGAUUGGUUGGUGAAGAAGGCUGCGAACAUGUUGAAGGAAGCAGUCGAAAAUAUUCGAAAAGAUCGCACUAUGAUCGAGCGUUCGAUCAAGCACGUGGCGUUAGUGCAAAAGUUGCAUGGUUUACGACCGCCUUUACUUCUAGCAGGCGUCCCUCAUCCAUCACCAUAA